AAAGAGCAGACGGAUUCUGAAACUUCAUUUUGUAGCUUCACUUUGGACGGAAGCAUGUCCUCCCUCUGGAAAAUUUCUUCAGAUGUCGCUCGAAAAGCGGCUCUGAGCAAAUUGGUGGGCGCAAAACAACUGGCCGCCACUUCUCGGGAGUUCCAUUUUAAAAUCCAUGGGAAAAAUACAGACUCCAAAGUGGGCUUAAAUGAGAUCUCACGGAAUUAUCCAGUUGUGGACCACACAUAUGAUGCCGUUGUCGUUGGAGCUGGAGGUGCUGGACUGAGAGCAGCGUUUGGCCUGGCCAAUGAGGGAUUUAAAACAGCGUGUAUCACCAAGCUCUUUCCUACACGCUCACACACUGUCGCUGCUCAGGGAGGUAUCAAUGCAGCUCUGGGUAACAUGGAGGAGGACAACUGGAGGUGGCAUUUCUAUGACACUGUGAAGGGCUCCGAUUGGCUGGGAGACCAGGAUGCCAUCCAGUAUAUGUGUGAAGAAGCCCCUAAAGCUGUCAUUGAGCUGGAGAAUUACGGGAUGCCAUUCAGUCGUCUGGAGAACGGGAAGAUCUACCAGCGUGCGUUUGGUGGUCAGAGCCUGCAGUACGGGAAGGGUGGACAGGCUCACCGCUGCUGUGCUGUGGCUGACCGGACCGGUCACUCAUUACUGCACACACUGUAUGGACGGUCUUUAAAAUACGACACGAAGUACUUCAUAGAAUACUUUGCACUAGAUCUGAUCAUGGAAGAUGGAGAAUGUCGGGGAGUUAUUGCUCUUUGUCUGGAGGAUGGUUCUAUUCACAGAUUCAAGUCUAAGAACACUAUUCUGGCCACUGGAGGCUAUGGUAGGAGUUACUUCUCCUGUACAUCUGCUCACACUUGUACUGGAGACGGCACUGCCAUGGUAACCAGGGCAGGACUACCCAAUCAGGAUCUGGAGUUCGUACAGUUCCAUCCCACAGGCAUCUAUGGGGCUGGCUGUUUGAUCACAGAGGGGUCACGAGGAGAAGGAGGCAUCCUUAUCAACUCUGAGGGAGAGCGGUUCAUGGAGCGCUACGCUCCCAAUGCUAAGGAUCUCGCUUCUCGAGAUGUUGUGUCCCGGUCGAUGACCAUUGAGAUCCGUGAGGGACGUGGCGUAGGACCAGACAAGGACCAUGUCUUCCUCCAACUCUCUCACUUACCCCCAGAGGUCCUCAAGACUCGACUUCCUGGAAUCUCCGAGACAGCCAUGAUUUUCGCAGGAGUUGACGUCACUCGUGAUCCCAUCCCUGUAUUGCCCACAGUUCAUUAUAACAUGGGUGGAGUGCCUACAAACUACAAGGGACAAGUGUUAACUUACGAUAGCAACACAGGAGAUAAAGUAGUCCCUGGACUAUAUGCCUGCGGUGAGGCAGCCAGCGCAUCAGUGCAUGGCGCAAACAGGCUGGGAGCAAACUCUCUGCUGGAUUUGGUUAUUUUCGGUCGCGCAUGUGCCAAUACGAUAAUAGAAGAAAACAGACCAGGGGAAUCAAUUGGUAACAUCAAACAGAAUGCUGGGGAGGAGUCUGUGGCCAACUUAGAUCGUCUGAGACAUGCCAAUGGGAGUAUACCCACAGCAGACUUACGUCUGAAGAUGCAGAAGGCAAUGCAGGAGCACGCAGCUGUAUUCAGGGAAGCCCCGUCGAUGCAGGAAGGCUGCAGGAAAAUAGAUGCCUUGUAUAAAGAGAUGGAUGAUCUGAAGCUGUCAGACCGUGGCCUGGUGUGGAACACAGACCUGGUGGAGACGCUAGAGUUACAGAACCUGAUGCUCAACUCAAUCCAGACGAUCGGAGCAGCGGAGAACAGGAAAGAGAGCCGAGGUGCCCAUGCCAGGGAAGAUUUUAAGGAACGUGUGGAUGAGUAUGACUACAGUAAACCUAUUGAAGGGCAGCAGAAGAAAACUCUGAAAGAUCACUGGAGGAAGCAUUCCCUCAGCUAUGUCGACAUAAACACUGGAAAACUAAAAUUAGAUUACAGACCUGUGAUAGAUGGCACCCUGGAUGAGUCAGACUGUCCACAUGUGGCACCAGCCAUUAGGUCUUACUGAGUAACUGUCAUACAGAUAUCCGUAUUGACAGAUUGUUCAUGUGCUGGUGGUAAGACUGAAAGCGAGUGGAUCCGGCAUGUUACAAUGGCAACCAAAACGGAAGAGAGGCAAUGCCAUACCCAGCUCAACCUCGAUGAGAAGGAGACUAAUUUCCUGAAAUUGAAGACAGGCAUUAAAAUGAUUAUUAAUAGAUAUGUAAUAUAUUGUUACAUUAUGACUUCUUUGUGGUAGAUUUUUACUUCAGAAAGUUUAAUAAUAAUGGUGUUCUGACUGGAAUUCAUAGUAUUUAUGAAUCUGUAAGUAAGCAGAUAUAAAGCAGCAAUUGUGGAUGUUCUGAUGUGAGGAGAUUGUCACUCUCUACUGUUUAUGUUGAUACCCAUCCUACAUGAUCUGUACAUGAAAAAACACAGUGUGGCAUGCAGUUUGUUAGAUCUGCCAGAUGUUUCUCCAAAUUCUUCACAGAUCAUUGUAAGGCGUUGUAAUUUGGUGAGAAAGUUUGCGAAACAAGAAAGUAAAAAUUGUGAUGGACUUUGUUCUGGUUUUCUACAGCUCUGUUGUUUACUGGGGAGUGUGGACUCGGUCCUUCUUCAUAGGAAGGUCCCACUUGUCCUCUCCUUCUUCCAGAAUCUAUCUUGUGUUCACUCAAAUUUCCAGACUUGCUGAGACCAGUUUGCGAGACAAUGGAAGAGACAUAAGAGCUUCUGGAAGAUUCUGGAAAUUGCAAAUGGAAUAGGCCUCAUCACAAAAGGGAUGCAAAUCUUGGAAAGACUUCAUUAGUCAUUAUGGUUCUAUGUGAAGACAGUUGGAGCUGAUAGCCCAGGACUUGCAAGAUUUGCUUCCCCUUUAUUGAGACCUAGUGAACUCUGUCAGGUUUCAGGAUGAUCCUUUGUGUUUUGAAAUUUUGACAGGUUCAUAUGCCAGCAUCAGUGCUGAAUCUUCUAUAUUUGUGUGAAAUUCUGAUGCUGUCAUGUCUAGGAAAGCCAUCCGAAGGUAAGGUGGGUGGGAAAGAUAUGAAAGAAUUCAAGAAAUUUAACUGGAAAAAAUGUGUUAGUCAUUUAAAUGAAUACUACUAAAUAAUGAUUUGUGAUUACUCUAGACUUCAAACAUCCAGAAAAACGAAGAUUCAAACCCCUUCUUCUCUGCAGUAUGGUUGAAAUACUGCUUUCAUGGCAUUUAGCCGCUCUCAUCCACUCUUUUAUAUUGUACAACAAUUUGUGAGAAUCUGGAUCUCAAAUCCAGAGAACAGCUGAUCUUACUGCUUCUCAGGUAUUGUUUAUUACAAUCCUUAUCACUUCAUUGAACAAGAAGUUAAGUUACAAAAGAAUUAAAAAAUAUGCAGCAUUUUGUGGGUAAUUUGAUUGGUUACUGUGAACUAUUUGUUUGUUGUUGCUUGAGGGAAAUAGAUAACUGUAACAUCUGUCAUUCUGGGUUUUUAGUGGCAAGUAAAAGCAGCCAACCUACUCUGUUCUGUUAAAUUUUGCGAGCAGUUGGUUGCCUUUGUGGUUGUAAUUGUUUGUUUAUGUCAACUUAAUGAAUUUAAUGAAUUGUCUAGCACCAAUGACAAAAAUUUCCAAUGAUUCUUUUUGCAACCUUUGUUUGUUAAAGUUUUUGUUAAUUUUUCUCGACUUCAUGAAUUUGUUAAGUGUAGCAACGAUGACAAAAAAUUCCACUGAUUCGGCUUUUAAAAGUGGUGGUGUUUCGACCAGUGUUUCUGUUUUUGCCGAAUUUGUCAUUCAGCAGAUUUAGUUGGGAAUGUGUUAAGUUUGUCUGACAACGAUCAGUGGAUCUGUCAGAUGUAUCGUAAACUUUCCUCCAUCGACAGCGUUGUUUGUAAAUUUGAACAACAGCCCUUCAUACUGCUCAAUCAAAUGUUGUGCCUUGGGUUAAUGUUGUGCCCUGGGCAGCCCAGUAGAAAAGGGCGUGUUUUUUUUUUUUUUUUUUAUAUUUUUUUCUGCUACAGCAGUCGAGUAAAAUCAGCUACUUAAUCGGCUUCUCAGAGUUAAUGUUUUGCCUUGUUGAAUCAGCCUAAUGGAGCUUUGAACAUUUUGAAUUUUUGUACAAACUAUGGUUAGUAAGCCACUCUAUUGUCAAGAAUAGAAUUAAAACCUUAAAUUGUACAUUCUCUUGCCGGAUGUUGAUACAUACUCAAACUGGUGCUCUCCUAAAAGUUACCCUCUUUCUCAGUGACUCAGCAGUAUUUGUUCUGUGUGACUGGACAAAACUACGUGCAGAAGGUAACUGCUUGUUGACAAAUUUUUAUUCUUUUCUGCUAAUACAGAGUGAAGACCUGUUCAGUGUAAGACUUAAUUGUGUCUGUCAGUGUGCUGUGAAUUAGUAACUUAAAACACCUACAACUUUUCAAGCAUUAUAAUCCUACACCCUUGUUACCUCCCCUGUCUGGCCAGAUUCGGUUGACCAAUCAAAUGAUCAUACUGACUAGAAACCCAACGUGAGUAGUGGAGCUGUGCAUACCACUCAGCCAGUGUUUACACAUUUCUUUAAGUCUUUGUGUUUUUUUUCAGAGUAAAUAAAUAGAUACAAUGUAGUGUUGUGCAUUGAUGAAAGAUCAGACACUUACAAGGAUGUACAAACUCUGUACUGUGUAAUAGCACAGACUCGCUGUUUGGAUGGCUUGUAACAGCUUUAUAGUGUACAUUGGCUUUAAGUUUAAUGUGCAAGCUGCUAGAUGUGUAAAUAAAUUUGUAGUCAAACAGAAUUAAGAACUGGUUGGUUUUAUUGUUUUC